AUGCACCAGCCACUGGAAACCUACAUUCAGUGGGAGCUCAAGUCCGAGCAGGUCCCCUGGGCACAAGUCAAACCUGAGGCCUGGAGACGGUUCUACAUCGUAGCCGGUCUUGACCUGGUCCCAGAACAAACCAUAAUCAUUCUACGCACAGGUGCGAGAAUGGACAGAUUCAUGUGGGCCAUGGAGACCGUCCCUUGGAUCCGAGAGAAACGGCCCGUUUAUCUGCAUACAAUCCGGGGCUUGCUCUAUGGAUGGUUGAUGUACUAUAGUGGCGACCGACAGAUCAAAUGGGAGAUCCAGCCCAUUGCCUACAACGGGCCCGUCAUGCUCAGGAUCAAGGAUGGCCGUCUCGACAAAGACGGCGAGCCCACCCACGGAACGUUGGGCUUUUGGCUCGUUGAUGGGAAGGGAAACGGUGCCACGGGUUUCAAUGAGAAGCCAACCGAGACCAUCAAGUUUCAUAUCAAGACACUCCUGGAGAGUCCGGACGGCACGCUUAUCAACAUGCUGCAAUGGAACUCCUGCCCAUGGGGUAAUUUCGAACAGGUGACGACGCCAGGGUCACCGGCGGCCGCGUGA